AUGGGGAGUGUACAGUUGAAUGGAUCAGGCUUAGUCGCUUCUCUAUCUCCAAACCACAACUUCACACACAAAACCAAAUUUGAUUAUCCAAAGUCAUAUCUUUUACCCUCAAAACGCAAUGCCACCCGAUUGAGCAGAGCCAAAACUAUCCGAGCCAUAAGCACUGCGCCAGCGAGCCAGCCUCCAGCCGCAGAUGAGCCCGACGAACCUCCAGCUGUCGAUUUUGCAUUCGUCCAUUCGGUGUUGUUACCGGACGGGACACCGGACGUGCAUUGGAGAAGAGCUUGCGGUGGACAGAAACUUAGAAACAUAAUGUUGGAUUCUAACAUCGAACUCUAUGGUCCUUACAGUAAGCCCUUGUCAAACUGCGCAGGAGUAGGAACUUGCAGUACUUGCAUGGUCGAGAUUGUAAAUGGAAAGGAACUUCUAAAUCCACGAACUGACAUUGAGAAGGAGAAACUUAAAAGGAAACCAAAAAAUUGGAGACUUGCUUGUCAAACCAUGGUGGGAAAUCCUGAUUCUACCGGAUUGGUUGUGAUACAACAGUUGCCAGAGUGGAAAGCUCAUGAAUGGAAUAUCCCUAAGAAUUUACCUAAUGAUGAUGAUGAUCCCGAAACUUCUACCUGA